GCACGUCUCCCCUGCUGCGCACACACGCACAGCAAAAGUGAAGUGAAGAUGCUUUUUCCCUUUCGACAAAUAGUCCAGCCCGCCAGCCGUUCACUUCUCCUGCUGCCGCUGCUCCUCCUUCUCCCAACAGAGCGUCCAACUGUCCGCUUCCCUGGUUUACACGAGGAACUUGCGCUGCCGGGGCUCGUCCAGCUCGGAGGAGGAGGCAAGAGCAGGCAUCAGAGACCCGGAGCACCGUCAGCUCUAUAGCGUAUCCGUGGAGAGCUACGCGUCGGUAUGGGCACGCUGACAAAAGGACGUUACCUCGUUCUGAGGGGGCUCCUGCUGCUUAUUUAUUGCACAGCAUCGGUUAUUUCCAAAGGUGGUGCCACAGGUGAUGCUCAACCAGAUGCUGUACCUUCGGUACAGGGCACCCUGCCCCACUUCAUCCAGGAGCCGGAGGAUGCCUACAUUGUCAAAAGUAACCCUAUCAAGCUGCGCUGUCGAGCUGUGCCUGCCUUACAGAUCUUCUUCAAAUGCAAUGGGGAGUGGGUUCAUCAGAACGAGCACUUCUCUCACGAGUACAAGGACCUCAACACUGGACUGAAGGUGCGUGAAGUGAUGAUCAACGUGUCACGCCAGCAGGUGGAAGAUUUCCAUGGCCCCGAGGACUACUGGUGUCUCUGUGUUGCCUGGAGCCACUUGGGCACAUCCAAGAGUCGAAAGGCUACUGUUCGCAUCGCUUACCUGAGGAAAAACUUUGAGCAGGACCCCCAGGGGAAGGAGGUCCCAAUCAAUGGGAUGAUCGUUCUGCACUGUCGUCCUCCGGAGGGAGUGCCCACUGCAGAGGUGGAGUGGCUGAAAAAUGAAGAGCUGGUGAGUUCCCUGACGGAUGACAAAAUCGACACCCGAGCCGACCACAACCUCAUCAUCAACGAAGCGCGCCUGUCCGACUCAGGCAACUACACCUGUCUGGCCAGCAACGUUGUGGCAAAGAGACGUAGCGCCACGGCAACUGUGAUAGUCUUUGUGAAUGGCGGCUGGUCCCUGUGGACGGAGUGGUCGGCCUGUAAUGCGCCAUGUGGGCGGGGUGUCCAGAAGCGAUCUCGGACCUGCACGAACCCGGCACCACUGAAUGGCGGGACCUUCUGCGAGGGCAUGUCCGUACAGAAGAUCACUUGCAACGCGCCCUGUCCAAUUGAUGGAGGCUGGAAUGAGUGGAGCCAGUGGACAGUGUGCAGCAGUCAGUGUGAGAGGCAGCGAACUCGGGAAUGCAACUCCCCAAUACCCAGACACCGAGGCAAAAUGUGCGAAGGGAACAGUGAGGCCACUGAGAACUGCACAGAUGGACUGUGUACCCAGAAUCGAAAGCUGCUACAUGACGUUAAACCUCAAAGUAUGGAGAGCUCCAAUGAUGUGGCUCUGUACUCAGGCCUUGGAGCCGGCAUAAUCACCGUUGCAAUCCUUGUGGUGGCUGUCAUGCUGUACAGGAAAAAUCACAGCGAGUACGGCGUGGACGUUAUUGACUCCUCUGCGCUCACCGGGGGUUUCCAGUCUUUCAACUUCAAGAACACCAGACAAGGAAACCCGUUGCUUCUCAACUCCUCCAUGCAGCCAGACUUAACAGUGGGCCGGACAUACAGCACUCCCCUCUGCUUCCAGGACAGCACAGAUAAAGAGCUCUUUGACCCCCUGCCAGACAUCAAGGUCAAAGUUCAGAGCUCCUUUAUGGUUUCACUAGGUGUGGCCGAGAGGGCGGAGUUCCACGCCAAAGCCCCAGCCGAGACCUUCCCGCGAGAUCUGAGCCGGGACUAUUGCAGCACCAUGGACAGAAGGAAGAAGGGCCUGCUUACCCUCAAUGGGCCCUUCAGCUCCUGCAAAGAGCCGCUGAGGACCACCGGUGUGUUUGGUCACCAUGGAGGGAGGCUGGUUGUGCCAAACACAGGGGUCAGCCUCCUGGUGCCUCAUGGAUCCGUGGCUGAAAAUAUGUCCUGGGAGAUGUACAUGGUGAUCAAUCAGGGAGAAGCAAGUGUCCAAACACUGGACAGCUGUGAAAUCCUCCUGGGCCCAGAAGUAACAUACGGACCUCCUGGCCUGGAUCUCUUCUGCCCGGUGGCCAUGACCAUCGCCCACUGUGCAGAGGUGGACGCCGAGAACUGGAACAUCCAGCUCAAGAGGAGAACCCAGGACAGCAAAUGGGAGGAAGUGAUGUCAGUGGAGGAGGAAUCCACCUCAUGUUAUUGCCUGAUGGACUCGACAAGCUGCCACUUGCUGCUGGACCAGCCAGGUUCUUACGCCCUCGUGGGUGAGCCCCUGACGCAGGCUGCCAUCAAGAGGCUGAAGCUGGCUGUGUUCGGAACCAUGGAGGUUGGCUCCAUGAGCUACACCUUGCGGGUGUACUGUGUGGACGACACGCCACAUGCCUUUCAGGGAGUGGUGGCUGCAGAGAAGACCAGAGGCGGUCAGCUCCUCGAGGAGCCAAAGAUGUUGCCUUUCCGAGCGAACACCUUCAGCCUGCAGGUGUCCAUCCAGGAUGUUCCCCAGUUUCUAUGGAGCAUCAAACCCUUUACCACAUGUCAGGAAUUCUCCUUCCCCCAAGUGUGGUGCAGCAACCAGCAGCCCCUGUACUGUGCCUUCUCUCUGGAGAGAUACAGCCCUGUCACCGCCCAGCUCUCCUGCAAAAUCAGCGUGCGCCAGGUCAAAGGCCAUGAGCAGAUUCUGCAGGUCUAUACGGCUGUGGCCGAGACCGAAAAGGAGUCAGUUCCAUUUUUUAUGCAGACAGACUGCACCAUCACGUCCCAGACGGGGCCCAAGGCCUUCAAAAUCCCCCUGUCCAUCCGCCAGAGGAUCUGUGCCACCUUCGACACUGCCAACGCCAAGGGCAAGGACUGGCAACUCUUAGCCCAAAAGCUCCACUUAGAUCGAAACCUGGGGUAUUUUGCAAAGCAGCGGAGUCCGUCUGCAGUCAUACUAAGCCUGUGGGAGGCUCGUCACCAGGACACUUCUGACCUUGACUCUCUAGCCAGUGCCCUGGAGGAGAUUGGAAAGAUCCACUCCAAAAGUUCCCCCAAGGACCAGGACGAGUGCGAAUCUGACUCCAUUCACAUAGAAGCAAGCAGUCUGUACGGAACAGGCAGACUAACCAGUCAGAAUACAGAGGACUGCGCUUCUGAAUACACGGGCUGAGAGAGGAGAGAGAGCCAGUAAAAACUGACAGACUGACGUAUAUAUCUGUGUACGCACACAGUCAGUGAUGGACAACACACUGCGGCGGUGCAGUAGAAGGUCACGAGGUGAGUAGACGGUGCCAGUGUUCAACACGGCGACCGAUCACAACAGGUCGAGGUGAGCUGGCACCUGCUGUGGAUCUGCCCCUCUCUUUUAAGAACCCGUCUGAGGCUGGACUGUAAAUCUUUGUCUGCCUUUCCACUCAGUCCUUUCUGUUUGUUUCUAACUUCUUUUAAUUUAGGUUGAUGUGAAUUUAUUCCCCUUUGUGUCUGCUAUUGUCUGAAACCGCGUUAGAGGAGAAGGGAGCUCCUUUUCCAGCAGUCCACACGCUUGCAUAUAAGUCUGAAUAUGCAAAUAAGAUGAUACAACUGUGGCGUAAUGUUAGUCACCUAUGUUUGAUCUGACACUCCCCUUCCCGUGUCAACAAAUGAAAAAGGACUUAAAAGCUAGUUUUUCUUUUCUUUUAAUGUCCACUGUUAUAUUUUUAAUGGGAAGCUCCUGAUUGCUUAAAUGUUGUGAUAGUGAACUUUCAAGGCAGGUAUCUUCAAAAUCACCUGGUUUUAUUUAAAAAAAAAAAAAUCCCAAAACCGAAAUUUCAGCACUUAUGUGAUCAUUUAUGCAAAAAAUAAUCAUAAAUAUAUCAUCCCCAGUUGUACUCGGAAAAAAAGUAAGAAAGAAAACGAGCCGUUGGUUGUGGCGUAAUGUGGCAGAGUGAGAUUUCUAACCGUGGCAUUACAAUUCAUUACAGUUGCCUCCUGCGGCAGAUAGAGAGGGAGGAAGCUGUAAAACAUCAUUUCCUGGCACCGCGGAGAGGUCAUCGCUAUGUCUUAUCAUCCACUUCCCACCAUUAACACCCGUCACACAGACCUCAUAUCAGGCCCUGACACACCCAGCUGCCCCCAUGUCUACCACCCACCCACACAAGUACACAACUCACACACCACACUGACAUUUCGCGGCUGUAGAGGUCACAUAUUUUCAUAUUAUUCAAAAAACAACAAAGGAAUACAGACAGUGUCAGACAUAUAUAACAUACAGUAACAGUAUAUAAGGUAUAUAAAUCCUACGCCAUGCUGAGGGAAUAAGGGAAAAUGUCAUAGUCAUGUGAGGUAAUGGUAAGUGAAACUUUUGAUGACCUCCAGGUCAGAAUAGAUUGAAAUGUUAACCCCUCAUCUUUAUAUUUGAACACACACUAAGGUUGAAGCUGUCAGAGCUUUAGCUGGUGUUUGUAGAAAAGUGUUUUUGUAAUUAUUUAAGACUCUUAAUUCAAGGUUCAAUUAAGUACUUUUUAUCUCCAAAAGUUGAUUCUGUUCAUCUGGACGUAGCGUUUUGUGGGAGAAACGUUUCUGAUGAAUAUAUCUGAUGUAUUUUUUACAUCAGAUAUAUUCAAAAACAACACCCAGUGUUCUUGCAGCGGAGAGAUUUGUAUGAGUGAAAUCACAGCGGGUCUCAUAACAACCUUCACCUUGCCAGAGAGGUGCAUGCUGGGUGAAUAAGGCCAAAUUAUGCAAAAUUAUAUUUUCGCACGUACUCCUGGCAGUCUCUAGCCGUGAACUUUCAGGUUAGAAUUUUCUGAUAUGUGCCACUGUCUGCAACCCUGGUGAACGGAAUGUCCUUUGCUCUACGCCUAGCAAUGAAAAAUUCCACCGAGAGUCUCACUAAUUUAUACUGAAACAGAAGAGUGCCAGCAAGUGACAAGAGUGGAGCUGUAGUGGAAGGUUAGAAUAGUUGAAUGAUGGCAGGAGGGGAAAACAGACCUGAAUUUUAACCAAACUAAACACUUAUCACACAUAUCUAAAAGGUUGUUUAAGGUCUUAAGUGACUUUAAGUUAUAAUAUAUUACCUAGACUUGUUGGUGAGACUUGUGGGAGCUGUUUUUGUACAACUUUUAUAAAUCAGACAUAAAUCUACCCAAAAAACAUUUGGCUGAUAUAAAAACAAAAUACAAUGAGGUAACACAGAGAGCAGGCGAAUGGAACAGCCCAACCGGCACCUAUAUUGAAUUUUUCUGAAAACAUCCUGUUGUCAACAUUAGCUUAUGAUUUUACAGUUUUACAGGCCUCACGCUAACUGUAUGGAAAUCUAACUUUAAUUUAACUUUGAUAAAAAGUUGGCAAAAGAAAAUGUACUUUAUUUUGAAAAAACUAAUUGCCAGGUUUUGUGUGCUUUUAGACUGUUUGCAGAGGCAGCAUUAAAAAGUCAGAGUGGGUGAUACAUUUUUAUUGUUUUAUGUAAAAUAAAACGUAAUGUGGACAUGUAGACCAGAAGGUUGGUAAUAUUGCUAUUAUCAAUAUUAUACUUAAACAAAACUAAACCUAAAAAUAAAACGAGAUAAACAUUUUUGUUAACUAAAAUCAAAAUAUAAAUCUGGACUUGUGAGGGUAAAAAUCAAACUAACUGAAAUGAUUAUCUGAAAUUUGAAACUAAAAAAGAAUCCAGAUAAAUGCAAUAUUCUUAGUUUUUAUUUGUCAGCUUGAUAAAAUUUAUUAUCAUAACUUGAAACAUUGAUAGAUUUGGUUUUGGAUUUGGAUGUCUGUACGAGUCAUCUGCUUUCCAAAAACUCUGUGUUUUUAUUAGAAAAACUUCUUUUUUUUUUUGCUUAUCAGCACUGAUUUUUCUAAAUCAUGCCUUUCGCAUAUACCAUACAUACAAUAAUAAUUAAAAAGACUGAAACUAAUAAAAACUAAACUGGAAAGAACAAUGACACAAGUCAGAAAUGAAAAAAAAGAAAAAAAGAAAGAAAAUACAAAACUACAAUAUAAUCUGACGAUUUUAAGCUAACCUGAAUAGCUAAUAUACAAAAAUGUGUGUUUGGUAUACUUACAGGUAAGUAGAGUGGAGUUAAGUAUGGGUAUAAUUCAGAUGUUUAGCAUUUGGUCCCUUAAAACAUGUCAGAUUUGACCUGUUUCAACUCUUAAAUCAUUAUCAGGACAAAGACACACAGUGUGCAAUUUUGAGUGUGCUAUAGCUAGGUUUCUAUCCAAAAGCAAAUUUGAACACAAUUUAGAGCGAAGGUAGAUUUACUGGGAAGAACACUGUAGCUGAAUAUUUUAGAUGAAAGGUUUUUUGUUUGUUUGUGUUUUUUCCUGUAACAUGAUCUUUGAACGCUAAUGUGACAAUAACCAUUAAAUGUACUGUAACUGUGUGUUGGUUUUAUUUGAAAAUAAGCAUGCCACUUUCCAGUAAGGCUACAUUUCAGCAUUCAAUCAAAUACCAACUCUUCAAAUUUUCAUUUUCAAGACAGAGAAACAGAAAAUGGGUCAUUUUUAACCUCUACAUUAUAAUGCAUAGUGAAAUUUAGUAACAGUAACAGAUUUGGAUAAAAAUGAACAAAAUAGAAUCUCAGACCAAUCCCCAGCAUUGACAUUCAUUGGUAUUACUAAAACAUACAGAGUUAUAGAUGUUAGCCUACUCAGAAUAAUAAAAUGUUGGCUAUAGAUAAACUAAAUGACUGAGGCACUAUAAAUGCUGUUUUUUGUUGUUUAUUUAUUCAGCCUUUUGUAUCAGGAAAAGGAAAACAACGAAUUCUUCAUUAUAACAACUGAACCAUUUUCAGCUCUUUAUCGCCCUGUCUUUAGCAAGUACAAAAUUGGUCUGAUGCAACAAGUGAAGAUCAACCACUGCCACUGUUAUACAACAACACAACAGGCAAUACUAUAUUGCUUACAUUACUGUAACUAAAUAAUAACCAAAUCAAUUAUUAUUUGACAAAGUUACAGAUAUACUAACUGGGAAAACACUGGGAUUCAGCCCCUAAAAAUCAAAAACUAGCUGAUCUCCUGUUCAUGCUGGGUACAACUAAUAGCAGUUCCACACAGCAGUCUAAGAAUAGCAGAAGAGAAGACUAACCAAAUGAUUUUUAUGGUCCAGGUGCUGAUACUUUUUGAUCAAGGUACAUAGACAGUUCCCUACCUGUGAAUCUAGUCCUUCAGCAUUUUUCAUCUAAGUUCAAUUUUCUUGACUAUUUUUGCAACAAAGAGAGGGAAACAAACUCUUGCUCGGUGGUUCAUCACAACUUAUAUGGUCACCUGGAAUACACCGCUGGCACUGUACAUGUGAAAGGUUACAUCCAUCCGCUUUUAUUUCCCUGCAUCAUUUCUAUGCAUUUGUAAUCAGUUUCAAUUCAUUUAUUCUGUAAUUGAAGCUUGUGAAGUGAAGAAUAUGAAAGGUAAUCUUUUGUUUGUCUUUUUUUUAUCUUUUAAUUGUGACUAACUGGAGUUUGCUUUUCAUUCCUACAAGUGGAGUGUCAGAAAAGGAAACGUGUGCUUUUGUAAUGCUUAGCGGUGGCUUAUGUCGCAUCAAGAGCAUCUUGUCUGUGUGGUACACACAAGCAAACUCAACGUGCACCUUCAUCCUGGAUGUGUAUCAGCUGUGUCUACUGUAUCCCAUUGACACGUUGAAAUUCAGUUCUUUGAUAAGUGAGCUCAUACACACUCUUACACAAACAUAUUUUCACUGUGUAUAAUGCUUUGGUGUAAGACUAACCCUGUUUCAUGAGACAAAACCUUCACUGUUGCAUCCAUGACUUCCCGUCACCUGAGUUGGUUGGUCCGAUGUUCUUUCCUGCUUCACGCAUGGCCUUCGGCUUCAUAUCACUAUUCUUGUGCCUUGUUUAACUACUGUAAAUGGUGAAUGUUUGUAAAGUACAGAUGGGGAUAAAAAAAAAAAAGAACAAUUAAUCAUACUGACUUACAUUAAAGAUAUAAGUUGAAAAAAGUAUUUAAGAUUAUAAUAAUGAAUAGGCUGCAGAGCUUUUCUAGUGCUGAACAGCUAUGUUUGGUAAUGCCAGGGCAGCUUUGCGGUAUACUGUAUCUAUAAUUAUGGACAUUUUGGAUGUUUUCUGUACAGUAGAAUUUGCAAAUGUAUAUGCAGCCUUUUGGAAAUAAAUGUACAGUUGAAAGAUCAA